ACUCACACUGCUCCCUCUGCAUGAAGCUACCGCGCGUGCCGUCCUGGGCGGCGCUGCGGCAGUCGAACCUCGCCCAGCGCGUGCUCUCUGCCCUGAUCUUAGGGUCGCUCGUCGUUGCAUAUCUCUUCUACGGUCCGCACGGCGCGCCUUUCUACCUCUGCGCCUUUGUCGUUGCCAUCUGCAACUACGAGUUUGCAUGGCUCGCCGAGCGCAUCGUGCACCGCUACAUGCACAGCUUGCUCGCAACCACUCGCACCGACCUGCCGCCCUUUGACGCCUCGACUUGCGCGGUCUCGGGCCUCGCGGGCGCCUACCCCAAGACGCUCGCCGCGCUUCUCGCCGCGGUCGUCGCCAGCGGUCUCGCGAUCGGCUUUGCCCACCUCCAGCGCUGCAUCGAGUGGUACCACCUCCCGCACAACGCGAUCCACGAGUUUACCAUCUUUCUUGGCAUGUCGGCGUGGCUUACACUCUACUGCGCGCUCUUGACGCCGAAUUGGACGUCAGCGGUCGUGCUUCUGACACAGCAGAUCUUUUACUCGUUCUCGGUCCUCGCCAAGAUCCUCUGCGACACCGGACAACGCCACUGCUUCGUGCCACUCAGCAACGCGCACGUGCGCAUCGAAGUGAUCCUCGCGCUCGUCCUCAUCCAUCUCCCGCUAGCGCUCUCGUCCACCUUGGCGCCCGACCGCAUGCUCCGAGGCUGUCUCCACGCGCUUCUUGCGGUCGUCGGCUACGGCUACAUCGUACAGCUCAUGUAUCCGAUGGCCGACUUGCUUCUCCAAGUCCACGACGGCCCGCGUAUCGCGCUCGGCUUCCUUGCGGUCGUCUGGGGCGCCGACACGGGCGCGUAUUUCACUGGUCACCUCCUCAACUGGCUGCGCUACCGCCGCCCGCACCCGCUUGCCGCGCACAUUUCGGCCAACAAGGACAUUGAAGGCUCCUUGGGCGGCAUCUUGCUCGGCGUCGGCGGCGUCAUCUUUGUCGACUUUCUUCUCUUGGACGAUAAGGAUACGGCCGACGAGGCGCAGUACCGUAUGCGGUUUCGGUUGCGGCUCGGCUUUGCGGUUGUCGGUGCUGCGAUUUCGCGCUACGGCGACCUCUUUGCGUCGCUUCUCAAGCGGCUCGCGGGCGUGAAGGACACGGGGACGCUGAUCCCUGGCCACGGCGGCCUCCUGGAUCGCGUCGACGCGCUCUUGUUUGUGAGUGCGAUGUUUGCGCUCUACCAUCGAAUCGCGUACCCUGGCGGGUACGUCCUCGACAUGGCAGGGCUCCUCGCGCAGCAGCGGCAAGUGCUCGAUGGCCCGCUGCCCGUCAAUCCCUCCACGUAAUCAACAACCACGUAUUUAAUUUGAGUGAAAUAUAUAGUGUCAACUUCUAUUCCA